AUGCUCUUCGACGACAAAUCCACCAUGCUCUACGACGAGAAAUCGUCCAUCUCAUACACCUCCGCGAAAGACCUCGGCCCCGAGAUCUACUCCGUGGCCUCUUCAUCAUCAACUUCUCAAUCGCUUCCCUCAGAAUGGGCUCUCACCAAAACGAAAAAAUCCCUCUUCAAAUCCACGCUCUACAUCACUACCUCCUCGGGCACUCCGCAUCACGCGGUCUCGACCCAUUGUGGCCACUCGGGCGUCACAAUCCACACCACCAAUGACCAAGCCUCAGAGCCACUCAUCACCGCGAGGAGAUACCUCGGAGACUUCGACGUACGAAUGCCUUCGCACAACAUCAACUUGAAGGCCAGCGUACGCUGGCGCUUCACAACCCACCCCACAGUUCAAUGGGACAUGAUCAUGCCACACGGGGGCGUCGAGCAUUUCGAGUGGGCGAACUCGCGCGGCAGCUGGAAGUUGACUCGCCGGUCUGCCGCUGGCGAGGAGGAUGUCGUCGCCAAGUGGCAUUUCAGCUAUUGCUCGUCGCGGCUUUCGGGUGAUUUCGAGUGCGUGGGCGCGGGUGCGUCGGGUGAGCUGGGCGAGACGUUUCAGUAUGUGGCGGCGGCGAUCGCGUUGGCUAUUGGGAAGGUGGAUCGGGAUACGAAUAUGGCGGUGUUGGCGGGGACGAGCUCUUGA